AUGCCCAAGGCAGCGAAGUCCAAGAAGGCGCCGCCGCCGACGCCGUACGCCGAGCCCAAGUCCAAGAAGCCGGAGCCCACCGGCCCCGUCUGGGAGGCCAAGCCGAAGCACUUCGGCAUCGGGCAGGACAUUCUUCCCAAGCGCAACCUCACGCGGUACGUGCGGUGGCCAAAGUACGUGCGGAUCCAGCGGCAGCGCAAGGUGCUGUACCAGCGGCUCAAGGUGCCGCCGUCGAUCAACCAGUUCACCAACAAGCUCGACAAGAACGUCCAGACCAACCUCUUCAAGCUGCUGCACAAGUACCGGCCCGAGUCCAAGGCGGAGAAGAAGGAGCGGCUGCAGGCGUCGGCCGAGAAGGUGGAGAAGGGGGAGGCGGACGAGUCGAAGAAGCCGCUCUUCAUCAAGUGCGGCAUCCACCACAUCACCAAGCUCUGCGAGCAGAAGAAGGCGCAGCUGGUCGUGAUUGCCGCCGACCUGGUCAUCUGGCUGCCGGCCGUCUGCCGCAAGAUGGACAUCCCGUACUGCAUCAUCCCCUCCAAGGCGCGGAUCGGCGCCCUCGUGCACCAGAAGAAUGCGACCGCCAUCGCGCUCACCGGCGUGCGGCCAGAG